CGUGUCCGGAGCGUGUCCGAGCCGUGUCCGGAGCGAUCCGGGCCGUGCCCGGUGCUGGUGGGUCCCGGUGGCGGUGUCUCCAUGCAGCGGGAGGUGGGCACGCUGCCGCUGGCCCCCGCCCUGCGCGCACGCCUCGCCGCCGCCGGCUUCCAGACGGCGCAGGAGCUGCUGGACACCGGGCCCUGCGGCCUGAGCAAAGAAAUUGGAAUCUCCAGGGAAGAGGCGCUGGAAGCGCUGCAGGUGGUGAGGCAGGAAUGCCACGGGGACACAGCAAGGACGGCUGGGGGAUCAGGUGCCACCAGGAAAUGCACAGCCCUGGAGCUCCUGGAAGAAGAGCAAACCCAGGGCUUCAUCAUCACCUUCUGUUCAGCACUGGACAACAUCCUGGGAGGUGGAGUGCAGCUGACAAAAAUCACCGAGAUCUGCGGAGCACCCGGAGUUGGCAAAACCCAGCUGUGCAUGCAGCUGGCAGUGGAUGUCCAGAUCCCCGAGUGCUUUGGGGGUGUUGCUGGAGAAGCUGUGUUCAUUGACACCGAGGGCAGUUUUAUGGUGGACAGAGUGGUGGACAUUGCAGCUGCCUGUGUGCAGCACUGCCACCUCAUUGCUGAGGCUCAGCAAGAAGAGGAUCAUGGGAAAGCUUUGGAGACUUUCUCUGUGGAAAAUAUCCUCUCUCACAUCUAUUGCUUCCGUUGUCGUGACUACACAGAGCUGCUGGCCCAGGUCUACCUCCUGCCAGAAUUCCUGGCAGAGCAUUCCAAGGUCCGGCUGGUGGUGAUUGAUGGAAUUGCCUUUCCCUUCCGCCACGACUUUGAGGACCUGGCGCUGCGCACGCGGCUGCUCAACGGGCUGGCCCAGCAGCUCAUCAUCACAGCCAACGAGCACAGGGCAGCUGUAGUUCUGACAAACCAAAUGACAACAAGGAUUGGACAAAGCCAGUCCACACUGGUACCUGCUUUAGGAGAAAGCUGGGGACACGCUGCCACCGUCCGUUUGAUCUUCCACUGGGACAACACUCAGAGGUUGGCCACGUUGUACAAGUCACCGAGCCAGAAGGAAUCCACCAUAGCCUAUGAGAUCACACCCCAUGGCUUCCGAGAUGUGCAGCCCCCAGCUGGCACUGCCAGCACAGGAGGGACUGAGCCCAACCCUCGGAAACGGCCCCGGACAGAGGAGGAGAAGCAGCAGUGACCCCAAAGUGAUCCCACAGUGACCCCAAAGUGACCCCAAAUGAUCCCAAAGUGAUCCCAAAGUAACCCCAAAGUCACCCCACAGUGAUCCCACAGUGGGGUCAGCUUAAAACCCUGCAGGAGAGCAGUGCCAGGGUAGACAUGCAGCCGAAGGCAGCCUGAGAGAUUCCCAACUUCAGUUCCUGCUUGGGACUUUAUUUUAAUAUUAAGACUGCAGUGUGCACAUUUUUGUGGCACAAAAUUCCUUUGUGUAUGGCAUAA